AUGCUGCUCAUACUUCUACAAAUCCACACUGCAUACAUGCUUGCUGUGACGACGGUAAACAGCACCUCAUUGUCUGCGUCUCCACCAGUUCGGUGCCUCCUCGAUCAGGCCUCCGCGCUCCUCGAGCUGAAGGAGUCGUUCAACACUACUGGCGGCGAUUCCACCACCUUCCUGACAUGGACUGCCGAGACAGACUGCUGCAGCUGGCAUGGUGUCAGCUGUGGCAGUGGCAGCGCUGGUGGCCAUGUAACCUCCCUCAACCUGGGUGGUCGGCAGCUGCAAGCCAGUGGUCUCGACCCUGCACUGUUCAGACUAACAUCGCUGAAGCACCUCGACCUCUCCGGCAACGACUUCAGCGUGUCCCAGCUCCCUGCUACUGGGUUCGAGCGGCUCACGCAGCUCACACAUCUCGACCUCUCCGACACCAACUUUGCCGGGCCUGUACCAGCUAGCAUCGGCCGCCUCAAAAGCCUCAUCUUCCUCGACCUCUCUACCAGCUUCUAUGCCCAUGAUUUCGACGAUGAGAACAGGUUAACAAAUUUCACCUCAGAUUACCUUUGGCAGCUCUCAGUGCCAAACAUGGAGACCUUACUUGCAGACCUCACAAACCUGGAGGUGAUCAGGCUGGGCAUGGUGAAUCUGUCUGGUAAUGGAGCCCAAUGGUGCAACUAUUUGGCCAGGUUCAGUCCUAAACUUAAGGUCCUCAGCUUGCCAUACUGCUUGUUACCAGGUCCUAUAUGUAGAUCACUGUCAGCCUUGACAUCUCUCACAGUCAUCGAGCUUCAUUAUAAUCACUUGUCUGGUCCAGUGCCAGAGUUCUUGGUUGGUUUUUCCAACCUCACUGUUCUUCAGCUGUCGACAAAUAAGUUUGAAGGAUAUUUCCCUUCCAUCAUCUUCAAACACAAGAAGUUACAAACAAUUGACCUCUCCAGGAAUCCUGGGAUCUCUGGUGUUCUGCCGGCUUUCUCACAGGACAGUAGCUUGGAGAAAUUAUUUCUUAACGACACAAAAUUCUCAGGAACCAUACCUAGUUCCAUAAGCAAUCUCAAGUCUCUAAAGAUGCUGGGCCUUGGUGCUCGUGGCUUUUCUGGAGUACUUCCCUCGUCGAUAGGGAAGAUACCUCCACAGAUAUCAAAUUUGACUAGACUACAAGUUCUGCUACUCCAGUCAAACAAUUUUGAAGCAUCUUGCAGAAUGUCUAGCUUCCCCAGCUUCUUGAGGCAUCUUGAUUACAUCACUGGUCUUGACCUCUCUGAUAACCAAAUCUAUGGGGCAAUACCUCAGUGGAUAUGGGGGAUACUGAAUGGAUCUUACAUGUUACUCCUGAACGUAUCACAUAAUAAGUUUACAAGUAUUGGAUCUGAAGAACCUUUGCUUCCAGUUGAUAUAGAAUACUUUGAUCUGAGUUUCAAUAAUUUCAGUGGGCCCAUACCUAUACCAAGGGAUGGCAGCGUUACACUUGACUACUCAAGCAACCAGUUCUCAUCCAUGCCUGAUUUCUCUAAUUACCUCAGUAGUACCCUCUUUCUAAAGGCCUCCAGAAAUAGCCUUUCUGAAAAUAUUUCACAAUCAAUUUGUGGUGCAGUUAGGAGUUUACUUCUCAUUGAUCUUUCUUAUAACAAGUUAAGUGGUUCAAUCCCACCUUGUUUACUAGAGGAUGCCAGUGCAUUACAAGUAUUAAGUCUUCAAGGAAACAGAUUUGUUGGAGAAUUACCUGAUAACAUUAGCAAAGGUUGUGCACUUGAGGCAUUAGAUCUCAGUGGCAAUUUGAUUGACGGGAGAUUACCAAGAUCUCUAGUUUCUUGCAGGAACCUGGAGAUCCUUGACAUUGGAAGCAAUCAGAUUAGUGACUCUUUCCCAUGUUGGAUGAGUACACUUCCUAAACUUCAAGUCCUUAUUCUCAAGUCUAACAAGUUCACUGGGCAGUUGCUGGAUCCUUCAUAUAAUACGCACAAUGCAAAUGAAUGUGAAUUUACACAACUGCGAAUUGUUGACAUGGCCUCAAACAACUUGAGUGGCACAUUGUCAGCAGAAUGGUUUAAGAUGCUCAAGUCCAUGAAGACCAGAUCUGAUAAUGAGACAUUAGUCAUGGAAAAUCAAUAUUACCAUGUGCAACCAUACCAGUUUACGGUUGCAAUUACAUACAAAGGUUAUCAGAGAACCAUCUCCAAGAUCUUGACGACACUUGUGCUAAUAGAUAUCUCAAAAAAUUCGUUUUAUGGUACCAUCCCUGAGGAUGUUGGGGAUCUUUUGCUGCUUAGUGGUCUCAACAUGUCUCAUAAUACUUUAGAAGGGCCAAUUCCCGUUCAAUUUGGCAGAUUAAAGCAACUUGAGUCAUUAGACCUCUCUUCAAAUGAGCUUUCCGGGGAGAUCCCACAGGAGCUAGCAUCGCUGAACUUCCUUUCGGUACUGAAUCUGUCCUAUAACAUGUUGGUUGGACGAAUACCAGAGUCAUCUCAGUUCUCCACAUUUCCCAAUAGCUCUUUUUUGGGAAACACUUGUUUGUGUGGACCUCCAAUGUCUAAACAAUGCAGCAAUACAACAGAAACAAUCUUGCCACAGGCUUCAGAGAAGGACUCCAAACAUGUCUUAAUGUUCAUGUUCACAGCAUUGGGAUUUGGUGUCUUCUUUUCAAUUACAGUCAUAGUGAUAUGGGGAAGCCACAGUCGAAAGCAAAACUUGACUCCUGAAUCUUAA